GAACCGCUGCCUAAUAUGUCAACGGGCACGUUUCUUGGUUCCAACUUCAAACUUUGUAGAUGGAUGUUUUGUAGAUGUAGAUUUCAUUUGUUUUGUGCGAUCUCUUCCAAGUAAAGAAUGAAUUGGCCUCUGUUAUUCUUGUCUUUUUGCACAGCUUGGAGCGGCGUUCAUCCUGCAAUGCCUGCAAAAAAGCCGGUCAAAAUAGUCCAAGAACCAGCAAACUACGGUGGAUUACAAUCGCAGCAAGCAAGAAGCCAUAAUAUGAUGAAGGCUGCAUAUGCUCUUAGACCAUUUAGAGAACCAUAUGGGUUUUCAGGACCAAAGCAUUUACGGAGGUUAUAUGGAAAGUGCUUCUCUCUAACAGAUGACUCAUAUUUAUAUCAACUUUGCCCCUUUGCCAACAUCACACAGCAUGAACAAACAUGGAGAUGGAAUGCAUUCAAAGGGAUUCUUGGAAUUUGGAAGGAAUGGUCAAUUGUGGAAAACACAUUUGAGGCAAUGGUGAUGACUGAGGGUGAUCAAUGUCCUGGUGGUCUUCGACGACAAUCAAAAGUAUUUUUAAAAUGUGCUGAAAAAGACAAGCUGUUGAGUGUUAAAGAACCCAGAACAUGUCAAUAUGAAGUUAAAUUUCAAACCCCACUGGCUUGUCCAAUUGAUGCUUUCCUAGUUUACCCGGCGUUGUCUCGGGAACAGCAAGACGAAUGGGACGAGAUUAAGCGAAGUUUUUAUCAUGAAGAACUGACCAUGCAAGGCUACGAAAAGCUUCGUCGUAAGUUGUUUAGAAGCGCUGGAUUGUUGGUGCCUUUAGAGCAAAAAACGAUCGCGGUAAAUGCGAAAGAAACUUCGCAUUUAAAGGGCACAGACUCUGCCGUUCAUUCUGGAUUUAAAACAACGGAAGAAUGCUCAAAGGCGUACUCAGAACUCAGGCAAAAAUACGACAAACUCAUGCAACUUCACCAAAGGAGUAAUUCAACAGUUCAACGUUUGUCCAACGUUUCGCGGACCAAUACUCGAUCUCUGGAGGAUGUAACCAGAGCCCGUGGGGACCACGGUACUAUUUGAGUCUUAGGUGAGAGCAAGUGUGGGUGACAGCUAGAAAUAUCACAAAUUAAAUUGCAAAUUCGUUUAAAAAUGCGCAACUGCAGUCUCGUACCCGGUUGCAUUCAGAUUCUACAUAGAGAUCAGUGCCUGUGAAUGGCGAGCACGCAGGGAUGCUUGGGGUGGUACCACUGAUCUCUAUAUUUUCACUGGAUGCAUUUUUUGUCAUGUUUGUCGAUAGAUAAAGCGCCUGGGUACGAGGCUGCAGCCAAAAAGUGAUUUUUAGACGAAAAAUUUUGUAAAGUAUUUAUGAAUAUAAAUUGUACAGAUUAGUUGUGGA